AUGUCGACAAGCGCUCAAAAUUUUGUAAAGGAACUGUCUUCAGACGAAGAGCGCGUGCUUUUGCUGCCGCAACACACUAUUGAUCCACAACUAGAAGUUCACGACAACUAUAUAUACUUGGAUGAUGACGAGAUCCUGCACGAAAGCGAUGAAGAUAGUGGAGAGAGCAGCGACAAACUUGACGAGUUUCAGCCAGUUGAUGAAAGUGCCCCUGCCAAUGACCAUAAACUCAAAAGGGACAGAAAUGAUGGAGAAAGUUUUGAGGACGAUCUCGAAGAUGACCAUGAGAAUGACCAUAUAGACGAAGAUAACCUCGUUAGAGAGUUUACACCGGUCUUAGAAACACAAGAGCGUCACCCGCAUUUAGGGAGAAGACUCAGCAGAACCGAUGCUGAGUCCAUAGUUGGAGGAGAAUCCAUCUCUGAGUUGCAUAAUGAUGUCGAAUUGGAAGAGGAAGAGGAAGAGGAAGAGGAAGAAGAACAGAAACAAAAAGCUGACACUGACACUGACACUGACGCUAAAGCAAAAGUAGGACCAGGAAAACAAGCGUCGCUGCUGCUGCUGCUGCACCCUAUUUCUGAUCCGAAUUUACCUACAGAAGAACAACCACAUAAAGUAGGCGAUGACACUUUUAAAUCAUACAAUAUGAAGAAAUAUAACCAAUCACAAAAGGUCUUCUCAUUCGCGUUGCCAUUUGGUGGACUCGAAUCUAUCAAACACAAUCUCACACGGCAAUUGCAAAAUCUCAAAAUAGAUAUGCCCUUUGUUGGAGGAAACGAGGAUGAGAAGUUGAAAAAUUUGCGUAAGGAUGUAGAGCUCAAAUUGGAAAGACAACAGACAAUUAGCACACAAGAUGAAGAAAACUAUUUUAGAGAUUUCAAAGGUACCGAUGCAGGAAGGUUUAGAGCAAUCAAGCACACUAUCUCCGCUAAUGUAAAUGAAAUCUUACCGCACAAGAAGAAAGAGUUGCAAGAUUAUGAGUCAAUUUAUGAACGAAUAGAUGGUAACAUUGUCAUUAUGGGAGGAUAUAGAGGCUCUAUUUUGAGAGAUACAAAGACCAAGAAAAGAGUAUGGAUUCCGAUCAAGGCUGGCUUCCACUUGCGCAAAAUUGAUCUCCUUUUAGGUCCCAACAAAGAAGACGAAAUAUACGCCGAAAGGAAAUUAUAUCCUGAUGGAGUCUUGAAAAAUGUUGGACCUAUCGAUAUAUGCAAAAAACUUAUAAACAGAUUAGAUGCUAAUCCAAAUGUAAACAUCAAGGAAUUUGGCUACGACUGGAGACUCGGUGGUGAUUAUGUCUCAAAAAAGCUUGAGGAAUUUUUGCAAAAAAUACAUGACGAAACAGGGAAACCCACACUUGUCAUUGCACACUCCAUGGGUGGUCUUAUGGCACAUGGAACUUUGCAACGCAACCCAAAAUUAUUUAGAUCCAUUGUUUACGUGGGCUCGCCAAGUGAAUGUUUGAACAUUCUUGGACCUAUAAGAUUUGGCGACUCUGUCAUCUUAUCCGAUAAGAUCUUAACUUAUGAAUCCAAUUUCAUGAUGAGAUCGAGCUUCAUAUUCCUACCUAUGAGUGGAGAAGCGUUUUACAACAAAGAUACAAAGGAGAAUUACAAGAUUGAUUACUUUAACCCCGAUAAUUGGGUCGAGUACAACUUAAACCCAUUGGUUGCUAAGAAGAGAAAAAUUGCAGCUGAAGCAGUUGCUCUGUCAUCUGCAUCAUCAUCGCUCAGCUCAAUCAGCCGCAGCCAAAGUUCACUUAGUCAACAACCAAGAACCGUGUCAUCAUCCACUAGCUCCGCAGCUGCCACUACCACUGCCACACUGUUGCCUCCCAAUUCCGCUCCACUGCAAUCUCCAUCUACAUUAUCAUUCCCCAGCAUCAACCUGAUUGGCUCAACAAUUUCCAAGAUGUAUCGCUCCACUUCAUUAAAGAAAAAAGCUACUGCUCCAUCAUCACCCAAUCCAGGCUCUAAGUCAAUUUUCAACAACGGUAAUAGUAACAAUAGUAACAAUAAAGACACUAAAGACAACAAAUCAUCCAACCGCAAUUCCAAUUCUGCUGCUAUUGCCGUUCCGGAAAACGAGCAUUAUUCAUUCACGUUCCAAGAUGCAUACCGCUACUUAUCUGAGACUUUGAGUGCAACAAAGAAAUACGUUGAAUCAUUGGAAUACAACCCUGCCCUUGCUGCCGAGUAUCCGCCGAUGGCUAUAGUUUAUGGUAACACCAUCCCCUCUGUACGUGGUUCCUUAGUGCGACUGCGUGAGGAUAUUAAGAACGGUAACUAUUAUGAGUUUUUUUAUGGGCACGGAGAUGGUGUUAUCCACCAAAAGUGGUUGAUGCCCGAACGUAAAGGUUUUACGUUUUAUGACAAGAGUACAGGAACCGGUGAAAUUGUUGGUAAAUUUGCUAGCACUUCAGCACAUGUCAAUUUAAUGACUGAUCAUGACACGAUGGGUAAGGCAUUGAAUGCCGUUUACGAGGCAGAACAGUUUUGGGAGAGAAAGAAGAAAUUGCAAAGGAGUACUAGUCCCACUGAGCAUGGGCAGAAUUAUGUAAAAGUUACUGUAAGCAAAAACAUCCAAACAUAG